AGCUGCCCACGCGCGGGGCUGCGAGGAUCAGGGGUGCAGCCCCCCCGGGGAUGCGCGCUAAGGGGGCUGGGUCCUUGCUCAGAGCCUGGGGCUGGGUCAGAGCAUGCCUGCCCGCUGUUUGCCUUGGCCCCCACCCCGUGCCACCGGCCAAAUUCCGGGAAAAGGCCCUCGGAGGUUUCAUACCCCCUCCCUGGCUCCUCUCCGGGCUCAGCAAACAGCACAAGUGGCACCUUGGCAGCCGGGGUGGCCCCCGCCUCCCCCCACCCACCCAGCACCCCAUAAAUCCCCCGGCUCCAGCUGGCAAAGGGACAGGAGCUGCAAGGAGAGGGAGGACGAGAUGGACGGCAGCUCCAAAGAGGCGCUGAUGGAGGAGGCACCCCCGAGCUACACCGCCUCCCCCCGCCCGCCCUGCAUCCCCCACCAGCUCAAGAGCCUCCUCCUCAUGGUGGUGGUGGUGGUCAUCCUCACGGUGGUCAUCGUCACCUUCCUCCUCCUGGGGCUGCACAUCACCGAGACGCACGCAGAAACGGUCUUACGAAUGACCAUCCACGGUCUGGAUGGUGAAGGGACCCCCCAGCACCUCUCCAUGAGCAAGAAGGAAAGAACCGGGACGUUCGCUGUGCAGGAUGGGCUCAACACCUCCGCCGUGGUGGUGUACGACUACAGCAAGCUGCUGGUCAGCUACAGGUCCUGGAGUCACCGCGCCUGCUACAUCACUCGCAUGGACAAGGACAACAUCCCGGGGCUGGACACGGUCACCGAGACCUUCCAGCGCAGGCAGGCUGAGAUGAAGGAGGCUGGGGACAACGCCGAGCCCCUGGCCGACCGCUCCAUCCUGGGCACCACCGUUAACAUCCUCUGCAGCACCGUCCCUGUAUACUGGGCAUAACACCGGCGGGGGUCGGCUCUAGGGGGGGACGGGACAGCGAGAUCGGGGGUGUCCCCAAGGUCCCCGUGUUGUCUUCUAGGUGGGAUGCCCGGGCAUCUCUCCUCCUCCCCAGGUCCACCCUGGGGUGCUCCAGCCACAGCCGCUCGGCACCGUGGCUUUCCCACGGCACUUGCAAUAAAUGAGUGGGAUUUUUGCUUUGGGA